GACUAAGUGAUUUAAUUGUACUCUAGUUUUCCAGCACUCUCUUGUGAAUUUGCUUCAGUGGACGUGAGUGACAUCAUGGGGACUAACAGGUUAAAUAUAACAAAAACAGUCCGUAAGUUUUCAAUAGAUCCAGAUUUAAGACCAACUGGUGCAGAGUUUCACUCAGAUCUUGUCUCAAAUUUCAUUAAGCAUGGGGAUGAUGUGGAUGAAGAAUCUGUUGAAGGUUCUGUACCAUUACUUGGUAGUAACUUCGACAAAUUUUCACAUCAGUAUCCAAUUUUAGUGGUUAAUUUUUAUGCUCCUUGGUGCUACUGGAGUAAUCGCCUGGUAAUUCUGCCUUUUCAGUUUCUUGUUGUCCAUUUAUCAUCAGUUCACUGUCUUAUUUGUCAACAAGCAUAAUAAUAGUUCUGUCAAUAUGAGUAAAUAACUCUGUCAUUUAGUUAGAAAUAGUUCUCUGAUUGUAUGCUGGCAUUCAUUUAUUUGUGUUGGUGUUCUAAUGCCUUUGAAUGCAGUUUAAGUGGGAACUAUGAUAUUCAUAGUCCCUAAGUGGCAAAAAGUUAGAUAUUGGCUGACAUUACUUAAUUUUCUGAAAUAGUAUCUAUUUUACACUUUCGGUUAAAUCUCUAAGAGGUUGGAUCUGAUCUCAAAGCUAAGAUAUGUCACUGAGAACUUGCCUUACUGCAUAUCCUUUCGGGUUUCAGAAACCUUCCUGGGAGAAAGCAGCCAAGAUAGUAAGAGAAAGAUAUGAUCCAGAAGUGGACGGGCGUAUUCUUUUGGGAAAGGUUGAUUGUACUGAAGAAGUUGACUUGUGCAGGAGGCAUCACAUUCAAGGCUAUCCGUCUAUUCGCAUUUUUCGUAAAGGAAGUGAUGUUAGAGAGGACCAUGGACACCAUGAUCAUGAAUCCUAUUAUGGUGAUCGUGACACGGAAAGCCUGGUUAAGACAAUGGAAACGUUGGUUCAAUCGAUCCCAACAGAGUCCCAGAGGCUGGCUUUGGAGGAUAAAUCAAAUAGUGGAAUUAGGAGACCUGCACCGUCAGCAGGUGGAUGUAGAAUUGAGGGAUAUGUACGUGUGAAGAAGGUUCCAGGAAACCUCAUCAUCUCAGCUCGUUCUGGAUCCCAUUCAUUUGAUGUUUCUCAAAUGAAUAUGUCACAUGUCAUAUCCCAUCUUUCAUUUGGUCGGACUAUUUCACCAAGGGUAAUGAGUGAUGUAAAGCGUUUAAUACCCUACCUUGGUCGAAGCCAUGACAGGUUAAAUGGUCGAUCAUUCAUCAAUCACCGGGAUUUAGGAGCAAAUGUUACUAUAGAGCAUUACCUUCAAAUAGUUAAAACCGAGGUGGUAACAAGAAGAUCUUCUCGUGAGCAUACAUUGAUUGAAGAGUAUGAGUACACUGCACAUAGCAGUCUGGCGCAGAGUCUACACAUACCUGUUGCAAAGUUCCACUUUGAACUCUCUCCAAUGCAGGUUUUAAUAACAGAAAACCCAAAAUCCUUUUCACACUUCAUCACCAAUGUGUGUGCCAUUAUUGGGGGAAUUUUCACGGUUGCUGGGAUUCUGGAUUCAAUUUUCCACAAUACAAUUCGAGUGAUGAAGAAGGUAGAGUUAGGCAAAAACUUAUGAUAGAAAAGGAGAAGAUUUGUUUACACCGUAGAGAAUUCUGAUUUUUUCACUUUUAGUAGAAGGAUGUCUUAAGCUACAUGAUUUUAGCUGUACCCCUUCUGAACAUUAAACCAAGGAUGUGAGGGCAUUACGAAAUGAUUAAGGAUUUCAGUUUAA